UUCUGCACGUUUGAUUGACAGCGCGGAAGACCAAUGAAAACCUGCCGUCAAAGAUACUACGCAAUCGGCUAAACUGGCAACAAGGAAGUAAAGAAUCACAGAACAACCCAAAUUGGUAGUGAAAUGUUUCGGUUGUGGUACGGCACUCUUUCCGCCCGUAGAAACCAGUCUUUUACAGUCUGUGGUAGAAACGUGUCCAAAAUGUCCUCUCAGUGUAGCGCGGGGGACGUUAAAAGCAGCGACAACAGGUCGGUUCACUCGGACAGCAUCGAGGAGGUUCAUAACAUCCCGAUGAACAUCAUCGUCAGACCGAUUCCUUCGGUUCUGGACGAGCAGAAAGUUCAGAGUCUGAUGAACACGAUAAAGGAGUCAGCAGACAUCAGCGUUGUUCCUCCCAUUGAUGUGCUCUGGAUCAAAGGUAGAGAAGGGGGAAAUUACUACUACUCUUUUGGAGGUUGUCAUAGGUUUGCUGCAUAUCAGAGGUUAAAGAUGCCGACUAUACCAGCCAAGAUCUUCAAAUCAAACGUCUCGGACCUCAGCACUUACUUGGGGGCUUCGACACCUGAUCUGCGGUGAUAGUAGGGUUUAAGAGAGACUUGUUGCUGCCACACGCCUGCGUUUGCGUCUCCUCUUUGUGUUUGGACUGACGACUCUGCUCUGUUGCAGCUGCCGACUGCAGUGCAAAGGGCUAACCAGCAGGGGGAAACGUAACUCUUCAGUUUAAACACAUGACGUUUUUCCAUUUGAAACCACUGAAGUUUAAUUUACAGGGUGUGAGUUUGUAAAUGUGUGUUUUUAUAGGUUACACAUUUUUACAAGUAAGUGUCUUUUAUUUACUAGCUUUUCCCUUCAGAAACCACUUAUAAUUAUGCAUAAAAUGUAAUUUAAAUGUUCAGUUUCCUGCAGUUCUUUUCUUAUACAUAAAACAGGAUUAGACUCAUAAAUGCUUGAGCUAGCUUGGGUGCUUAACCUGAUCUAUUACUAUUUAUCUAAGGACAUUUUUAAGCACUCUUAACCCUAUUGGCAGACAUCUUAAACUGUUUUAAGAUGCACUUGCAUAUUGUCUACUCUGUGUUUGUCCGGUUAUGUGUUGUGUAUGCACUGACACUUUAACACAAAUAAAGUUCCUAACAGAUAAAUAAG